AUCCUAGGUAGAAGGACUGUAUACCAAUUCGGAAGGAAGGAACGAAGGAAGGAAACCUAGGUCGACUAGAUUAAGUUUAUACUAUUACUGUAGAAAAUAUUAAAUUAAUGCGAUUGCAAAGAUGAGUGACUUAGAAGUCGCGUACAAUAGUGAUCAAGAAGUUUCGAAGAAUCACUCGAAAUUCAUCGAAGCUAUAGCGCAGCUUGAUAAAAAGCAAAGAGUAAAUAAAGCGGAAAGGAGUGAGCCCACUUUAGAGGUCUCAGAGUUCCAUCUUGUAAAAAGUGCAAUAACCAACAAGGAUGCCGUACAGGUUCGAGAUCUGGUUAAAUCAUUGGGGCAGAAAGGAUAUCAAAGCCAAAUUACAAAAAAGCUUCGAUCUAUUCAAAAAAGUAAAGCUAUUUUCAAGCCAUUGGAAAAACCAACUGCUGAAAAGGUAAAAAUGAGAUUUGGUUUUGAGUGUACUCUGAAAGAUUUAUCAAGAUGGGAUGCUAUAGUCGCUAAAAAUAGAACAGCAACACAUUUAACUUUUCCACUGAAAACUCCUAAGCAAAAAUUGAAAAUUGAUUCCCCAGCAGAUUUCAUAAAUCAUCUUAGAUUUAAGUCUGAUUUACAACAAAAGUUGGAAGAAUUAAAUCCAAAACUAGAAGACUCUCCACCUGAGGAGGAGAGAAGAGAUAAUGAAGAAGAAAAAUUCAAGAUGAGAUUGAAGGAUAUGAAGAAGAAAAGAAGCGAAACUGCCAAAUAUAGGGCACAGCAGUCGUAUCAAGAGAUGAAGGCGCAUCGUCAAGGUAAGAUCAAAAGCAAAAAAUUCCAUCGUACAGAGCGGAAGAAGAGAGACAAGGAACAGUUGGUGGAGUUUGAGAAAUUGCAAAAAACUGAUCCGGAAAAAGCCUUGACAAUGCUGGCACAAUUGGACAAGAGUCGUGCGGAAGAACGAAUGUCGCUGAGACACAAGAGCACUGGUCAAUGGGCCAAGAAUAAACAGAUCAGAGCUAAAUAUGACAAGGAAACUCGACAGGAGCUUGCCAAGCAGUUGUCUAUUGGUAGAGACUUGACACAAAAAGUCAGAUUAGCUUCCGAUAAUGACGAAGAUAAAACGUCCUUUACGUUUGCAAACAUGGUUGAGGAACCACCUAACAAUAGCGAGACGGUGUCUGAAGUCAAUGAGUUGAUUGAAUGUUAUCGGGAGUAUCGUGAUAAAAAGAAAUCCGAAGAAAAAACUGUCGCGAAGGUUGACAGCAAAUCCAAGUCGCCUGCCAACAAAUUAGACGAAAAUAAGAAAUCGUAUACAAAGACUAAGUAUGAAGUUAGUAAAUUUGCUAAAGGUUGUUUGAAGCACCGCGAUAGAAAGGAAGAGGAAUCCGAAGAAGAGAGUGUGGCGAAGGUUGAUAGCGCAUCCAAGUCAUCUGUCAACAAAUUAGACAAUAUAUCAAAUGAUAUGUUAGAAAAACAGAUUUCUGAGCCAAAUAUAGCAAAACCCACAAUCAAAUCAAAUAGUCGCGUGGGGGAAAUCAAUUUGCAGAAUCCUCAUUCGAUGAACAUAAAGUCGAAGCAUCUAAAGACGGAAAUACCGGAUUUAGAUGUAGAUGAGGAGGACGUGCUGGAUAACGAUGAGCAGGAAGAAAACUUUGAUAGAUUCAUAGACGAAGUAAUGGAAAAUAGCGACGCCGAGAAGGAAUUUAGAAAGGAGAAGGAAGAGGAGAUUAAGAAUUCGCAACCAGAAACUAUUAACCACACGAGCUUACCUGGAUGGGGAAGCUGGGCGGGAACAAACAUCAAGAAAAGCAAAAUGAGACGUAAGAAUAAACGAUUUAUACUAAAGUUUCCCAAGAACGUACCGCGUAAAGACGAAAAUAAAGGUGAUGUGAUAAUCUUCGAGGGUGAGAAUCAGAAGUUAAAAGAGCACCUUGUUAAUGAACUGCCGUAUCCAUUUAUUACCGUUAGGGAUUUUGAAGCAAGCAUCAGAGCUCCUCCUCUGGGUAGACCCUUUGUGCCGGAGAAUGCUCACAGACGAUUGAUUCAACCAUCGGUGGUCACUAAAUCUGGUCAACUGAUUGAACCCAUGACUGAAGAAGUGUUAUUAGAGAAGCAGCCGAUGGUGAAACGACGUAUCGAUAAACAGAAAAAGAACAGCAUGAAGAACAAGAAAAUGAAACACGAGUAGGAUAUAAUAGUGUAAAAUAAUAUCCCUUGUACUGAGAAUUAAUUAAAUUGACCACCUUUGUUAUGAUUUGUAAAACUAUAGUUCUAUAAAAUGAUCAACACCAUUAA